GUCGCCUAUCGUCUACUUCAUUUCUUGCUAGUCUCACCCCUCUUUAUUCUCAGAAUCCACGCCCCCCUGUUCUCCAAAGAAAAUAAAAAUUACGGAGAGAAGGAAAAAUUAAACAAGCGGAGUCUCUCUAAUCAGUUUCAUAUCAGAUACAGCAACUGAAGUAGCGUAAUGGAAUCAGAAGCAGCCACUAUGAACUACUUAAAUGCCCAUCAACACCCACCAAAAUCCCUCCACAUCUCCGAUGAUCCACCGACAUCCGAUGCACGUCCACUAGGUUUCGACUGCAGCAUCUGCCUUGAUUCUGCAUCCGACCCUGUUGUCACCCUCUGCGGCCACCUCUACUGCUGGCCAUGCAUCUACAAAUGGCUUCAGGUCGACGCCUCAGCCCCUCACGACUGCCCGGUUUGCAAAUCUCCGCUCUCUCAGAAUUCCCUUGUCCCUCUCUACGGUCGUGGCUCCACCAAACGUCUCGACAUCCCCAAAAGGCCCACGAUCCAAAGAAACAUUAACGGUCAGCAUUAUCAUCCCCGCCAUCAUAACCAUGAUUACUUUCCGUCCCCCUGGGGAACGACGGGCGUGUUCAGCUCGACAGCGGGGGGAGUCCUGGGCGGCCUGGCCAUCGCGAUACUCCCCCUGAUGUCGAGGAACAUUCGGACGAAUAACUUAAUGGCUAAUGGAAAUAGCGCGAGUCAGAGGAUACGGGAGAUGAGGGUGGAGAACUCACUUCAGCAGAUUUGGGCAUUUAUGUUUUGUUGUGCUAUUUUGUGUUUGCUCUUCUUCUGAGUUUGGUGAUGGUGUUUGUCGUGCUUAGGUUUUAUAGACUUGGAUGUUGGAUACGUGUUUUUUUUUUUUUAAGAAUGAGGAGUUUUUGUAUAUAGGGGUGCUGCUGUGAGGUACAGAUGGAUAAGAUGAAGGUGUUUUGAGUGCGACUGAGGGAAGGCCUCAUGUGAAGAUGUCUAGUAAUUUAUGGACAUUCUUGUAAUAUGUGAUCUAGUAAUAGGGGUUUACUUUUAUUCCCUA